AUGAUUAUACCGCCUUCCACUGUUGUGGUGGCAAGAGGAUCGGAUGCCAGUGGGUCUCGAGAUAUAGCACCUAACCCACUGGGUUUUAAUGUCUGCCCUUGGGAGGUGAUGUAUCCUCUGGGUCGAGUGCCUCCGGAGUACCCAGUAGGUGGCCUGGGACGUGGUUUUACGCAAAGUGAAAAGUGGUUACGAGAACUGUUGGUUUCGUAUGGUAUGCCUCAUCACUGGAGUUAUGCCAUACCCAAUAGACUUGUUUCGGCUGUAAGUCACCCAUCAUCAUGGCGAUCGCUUUUUCGUUCUUCUCUGGAGUAUGGGUUUCGAUUGCCCCUGCCUACAUGGUUGUGUGUUGUAAUGCACCGUAGUAAGCUUUCAAUCGAUUCUGUUAGUCCUCGUUUUUGGACUUUCAUCGCUUGUUUUAUUCUGUCAUGUUGUCGAGUUGGGGUUUCACCAUCCCCCGAGUUGUUUUAUGCUUGUUUUUUCUUUCGUCAUGAUCGAGUGGCUUGGGAGUUGCACAAACGGAAGUCAGCCAAUAACCUUUGCACUUCGCUGAGCCAUCUGAAGGGGUCGUGGGAGACGGAAUUUUUUUAUUUUCUUGCCCCGCCUAGUGAGUUUACCUCCGGAGGUAUCACAGUCCCAGCUGACUGGAGUGAAGGUGUUACAGGUGGAUUUCAGGAUCCCGUGAUUGAGGGAGAAAUCGCUUUACAGCAUGAUCGGCUUCUCCGGGGGAGACCCAUUGAUAUAAGUACUCCUGGGGCUCGAGCAAGCUUGUUUCUUGCUGUUUAUGGUAAAGAUUACUCGCACUUUCAGAGGUGUAUGAGGAAUAGAGAAGUGCCAGCAGUGCUUCACUCGUAUGUCGGGGUGCCAAUUCGUGAGAGACCAGAUAAUCCCCCGCGUGGACGGUCGAGAGUUCGUCAUGACCAGUCGAAGAGAACUCGUUCCUGGGUGAGAGGAUUAGGAGAUUCCCCUACUGGGAAGGGUCGCUCUGAGGGGAGAGCCAGAGAUGCUAAAGGAAAAACCCCAGUGGGCGGUAGGGGAACCCUGAAGCAUCAGGGGGAGUCUUCAAGAGCCAGCAAAGGUGGAAUUUUGGCUGGUGGUGUCAUAACGUACGACAGUUUGUGCGAUGCGGGGAAACACUAUCCCGUUUUAGAAGAUGCAGCCACAGGAUCAACUUUUGCUUCUUCUGUUUCAAAGUUGGCGAGGUACGCUGUUGCCAUGGAGUGUCGCCUAGCUAUGGCAGAGCUUCGGGUUACUGAGGCCCGAGAGGAGGCAACUCGUUCUUUGGAAGAAAUGAGAAUCCAGAUGAAGACAAGAGAGGAGCAAUUUUCUUCCAAAUCAUGUGAAUGGAAUGCAGACAUGGUGGAGGCUCAACAACAUGUUGAGGUAGUCACACAGGAGCUGCGUACCUCAGAAGCAGCUGAGGCUGGCCUUCGCAAAAAAGUUGAGCAGCUUCACGCCAGUAUGCGUGAGGAGAGGCUAAUUAGGAGGUCUUUACGGUCGGAGAAUACUGGUUUACACUCAGAAAACACCACCCUCCGAUCAGAGAAUAAUACUCUACGUCAUCAGUUACAGAUGGCGGUUUCGGGAGUGAUGGAUAAUGUCCAUCGCCUGGCUAGAAGGGCAAUUUAUUGUAUGUAUCCUGCAAGAGAUAUUGAUGACACCCGCCUUCGUCAAGUGGUGGAAGAAUGUGCGACUACUUUGGAACCUGAGGAGGUGACAUCCCAAAAUAUGAAUGUCGUGGAGGAAUGCGAUGGUGCUCCUCAGUCUGGGGAAGCAGCAAGCCAAAUUUCGAAUGUGGAGAUUGAGUUCCAUCGCAUCUCGCCACUUUUAGAUGCUGUUUCUGAAGCAAGUCCAAUGGUUGGCACCCCAGUGCAUUCAGACUUUAAUAUCUCGACGGCAAUGUUGUUGGUUGCAACCGAGUUACUCGGCCCAGAGUUUUUUGAGAACUAA